AUGUCGUCGCUCGCCAACUGUAUUUUCUGCAAGAUUGUCAAGGGCGAAAUCCCUUGCUUCAAGCUCCUCGAAAGCGACACCGCCCUCGCUUUCAUGGACAUCGGUCCCAUCGCUCGUGGACACUGUCUUGUUAUCCCCAAGUGUUGGUGCUCAUGUAGCCGUAUGCUAACAUCAGAUCAUGCUGCCAAGUUAACGGAUCUGCCCGAUGACCAGAUGGGAGACAUCCUCCCCAUGGCGAAGAAGCUGGCUCAGGCCUCCGGCGCUGAGAAUUACAAUAUCCUCCAGAACAACGGCCGCAUUGCCCACCAAGAAGUCGAUCACGUUCAUUUCCACAUGAUUCCGAAGCCAGAGGCUAGUGACAAGUCCGGUCUUGUCGUUGGUUGGCCUGGUAUGUCCCAUGCGAUGACAAAUGCUAACCGACAGUUCAAGGUGGACGACAUCGCCGCUGCCUACGAAGAGGUCAAGAAGAAGCUUUAG